AUGCAGUCCAUUGCUAUUGCCGCGCUCUCGCUCAGCGCCGGUGUCUACGCCCAGCAGGCUGGCACUCUCACCGCUGAGACUCACCCAAAGCUCACUGUAUCAACGUGCGCGACAGGCGGGACCUGCACCACUGUGCAACACACAAUCGUUCUUGACGCCAACUGGCGCUGGCUCCACUCGACCUCCGGGGCGACUAACUGCUACAACGGUAACACCUGGGACAAGACCCUCUGCCCCGAUGCCACCACCUGCGCUGCCAACUGCGCCCUUGACGGUGCUGACUAUGCCGGUGUCUAUGGCAUCACCACCUCGGGCAACUCGCUCUCGCUCCAGCUCGUUACUGGCUCGAACAGUGGUUCCCGUGUCUACUUGAUGGACGCCAGCGACUCCAAGUACCAAGAGUUCAACUUGCUCAACCAGGAGUUCACCUUCGACGUUGAUGUCUCCAAGUUGCCAUGUGGCUUGAACGGUGCUUUGUACUUCGUCAGCAUGGACGCCGAUGGCGGUGUAUCCAAGUACCCAACCAACAAGGCUGGUACCAAGUACGGAACUGGCUACUGUGACUCGCAGUGCCCUCAGGACAUCAAGUUCAUUGCUGGCAAGGCCAACAACGGCAACUGGACCCCAUCUGCGAACAGCGCUAACACAGGUGCUGGUGCCACUGGUGCUUGCUGCAGUGAGAUGGACAUCUGGGAGGCAAACUCCAUCUCUGCUGCCUACACUCCUCACCCUUGCCAGCCAGAGGGCUACGCGCCAUGCAACAGCCCCACCGACUGCGGAUCAGGUGAUGGCAACCGCUACAGCGGCUUCUGCGACAAAGAUGGCUGUGAUUUCAACUCCUUCCGCAUGGGCAACCAGACCUUCCUUGGGCCAGGCAAGACCGUCGACACCACCAAGAAGAUCACUGUUGUGACCCAAUUCAUCACUAGCGACGGCACUGCUAGCGGUGACCUCACUGAGAUCCGCCGCUUGUACGUCCAGAACGGUGUCGUCUACGCCAACUCCGCAUCCGAUGUUUCCGGCAUCUCCGGCAACAGCAUCACCGCCGACUUCUGCAAGGCCCAGAAGAGCGUGUUCGGUGAUACUGACUACUUUGACACCAAGGGUGGCCUCAAGGCCAUGGGUGAGGCUUUCAAGACCGGCAUGGUCCUCGUCAUGUCCAUCUGGGACGACUACGCCGUCAACAUGCUCUGGCUCGACUCCGACUAUCCCACUACUGCUCCAGUCACCAACCCAGGUGUCGCACGUGGCACUUGCUCUACCACCUCCGGUAACCCCAAGGAUGUUGAGAGCCAAUCACCCGGCUCCACUGUCGUCUUCUCUAACAUCAAGACCGGCCCGAUCGGCUCUACCUACAGCGGCACCCUCUCCGGCGGCACUGGCCCACCACCUUCGUCCUCGUCCUCCAAGGCUCCGGUUCAGUCCAGCACCUCCUCCAAGGCCCCUGUCUCGUCAAGCACAUCCUCCAAGGCCCCUGUCUCGUCAAGCACAUCCACCAAGGCCCCUGUCUCGUCCACCACCUCCACCAAGGCUCCUGUUUCCUCUACCUCCUCUGCCUCCUCAGCUUGUGCGACCAAGUACGGUCAAUGUGGUGGACAAGGCUGGAACGGCCCUACAUGCUGCGCAUCUGGCUCCACUUGCAAGUCAUCUGGCCAGUACUACUCCCAGUGCUUGUAG